AUGCAGAAGGGCUCAAGUAGAACUCAAAAAAGGAUAGGUAACGAAAAAAAUGACGUUGCUGCGGAAUGACCGAGGCAGAUGGACCACCUCAAAGCGCGACUGAUUGGCGAAACUCAGCAUGUUGCAGAAUUCCGUAUGGCUCUCGUACUUUACGCUGAUGGUGGCUGUGGCAGCCGCGGGAGGGCGUGAGCCGCCGCCGGCGUAUCGAUUCCCACGCCAACGAGCCGUGGAAGCAGUGGCGCUCUGGCGACUUGCUCAGCAAAAACGCUUCCAGGACCUCCCACCUCCGCUUGUCCGCUCCAACUCCAAACCGACACCUGCCGCGGUCACGACGACGACGACUUCAUGACGACGACGGCGAGACGUUUGCCGCCGGCAGCCGACAAAUAG